AUGUCCACCGAACCCCAAACCGCCGCCGAGAAGACGGCCGCCUUCGAGAAGGUCCUCGGCCGCAACCCCCACGGCAACUUCAAAGAAAUCGAAGCCUCCCGUCCAGCCUACGACCCCUCUCCCAAAUUCACCUACGUCCAAACCCCCCAGCCAGACUGGACUUUCGGCUCGGGCGCCAACCAACUUGCCUCCACUACUCCUUCCCCCCAUGAACCCUCCACAGAAGCAGCCGAACCCAAGGAAGUCGAAGAAAAGAAGAAGCAAAUCGUCAUCGACCCCUACACCGAAGGUCGUCCCCCAGCAUUUAACUACAAGCUCCUGAUCUCCGCCAUCGUCCCGCGCCCCCUGGCCCUCGUCUCCACGCGCUCCUCCGACGGCACCGUCGAGAACCUGGCUCCCUUUUCUUACUUCCAAGUGAUCGCCCACGACCCGCCCCUGUUCACCCUGGGCUUCGUCUCCCCUCUAUCCCCGUCAUCGCGCGCCAAGGAUUCUCUGCGCAUCCUGCACGAGACAGGCGAAUGCGUGAUCAACAUUAUCUCCUCGCCGUACAUCGAAGCCGCCAACGCGUGCAGCGUCAACUCGCCGCACGGGGUGUCUGAGUGGGUCAUCAGCGGGCUUUCUCCCGCGUACGACUGCGAGACUGUCAAGGCGGCCAGGGCGAGGGAGGCGUGUUUCGCGGUCGAGUGCAAACUUGUCCACGUCAAAGAGUUUGAGAGCCGGAGCAAGCCGGGCGAGACGAGCACCACGCUUGUUGUGGUGGAGGGGACGCGGUUCUGGGUGGAUGAGGACGCGGUUAAUAAGGACAAGAAUUUGAUGGACAUGGAGGUUUAUCGCCCCUUGGCGAGGAUGGCGGGGAUUACGUACGGGGUUGUUAGGGAGGGGCUGGAGUUGCAGAGACCGGAUUUUGAGAGGGAUGUGGGGGGUAAAGAGGGGUAUGAGAAGUUGAAGAGGGAGUGGGAGGGGAAGAACGGGAAGGGGAAGCAGAAGCAGUAG